UCUGCCUGAGUUAUCAUAUCGCUCAUUGAGUUCAUACAGUAGAGUUAAUAAAAAAAAAUCUGAAAUCUGUUAUAUAAGUUUGAUCCUGAAUCAUGUGUGACCGAGAGCGUUCAGUUUCGCCAAUCUUUCACAACUUGACUUGUGCCACUGAUUCUGACAGGGCAUCGCCUGCAUCGAUUACCAGUUCUUCAAAUGGGUCAGAAACAUCGUUGAAUGCUGGUUCAACACAUCGACGAUCGACCAAAGGUAAACAGCGACCAGCCUACAAACGCCGUGUCAAGCCGCCUUACUCCUACGUCGAAAUGAUUGGUAUGGCCAUCAAAUCCUCGUCUUCUGGCAGAAUGACUCUUCGAGACAUCACCGACUACAUGAGAGACAAGUUCCCUUGCUUUCGUGGCGAAUACGUUGGCUGGAAGAACAGUGUCAGACACAAUCUAUCUGCUAGUGAGUGCUUCAGUAAAAUUUUGCGAGAUUCUAGUCGACCGUAUGGUAAAGACAAUUUCUGGACAUUCAAUGCAGAAUGUGAACACUGCAAGAACAACCGUGAGAACGAUGCUGCCUGCAAUAGAAUUCUAGCUAUAAACAAAAUAUCUCGGUCUCCUGCAUCAAGUGAGUCAGCUGGCAAGCCUGCUGCAUCCAACCAAACCAAACUACUCAACCACCCUACAACUGAAAUAUCCAGCUAUCAACGCAACAACGCUGCAUCGGAGUCACACUACGACGACAGGUACUACGACCAACAUUCAUACACUGCUCAUCAUGGUUCUCGUCGUCAGCAUCGCUACCAUCCUUACACACCUCCACACAGCAACCACACAUGGCAGCAUGGACGUCAUCCGGCAGCGCACCAAGGAACCAACAACGUGGAUGAUCUGUCAACUCUUGAGGACCUGUAUGUGCCGGCGCAUGACAUAGAUUUCUCAAUGUACAGCGAUUCUGAAUCACAUUCAGGACAAUCCUAUCAAGUUGGAAAAGACGGGAAGCUACAUGUAGUUCAACCUUAUAAGGCGGAUCAGCAAAGCCUCGUUCCGUAUCCUAUGUACCAUCCCAGUGGUUUUCGAGCUUAUGAGCCAUUCUACUAUCCAUACAUGGACUAUCCGUACCAACUACCACCACAAGACCAGUACGAUUGGAGAAGAGCGCCGCCGGUUGACAAGGAAGAUGGCUGCGUGUAUCCACCUCCAUACGAUUUCGACCAACAAUGCGAUAAUCCAUCUUUCCCGUCGUCUCCUUCAUCCACUCACUCGUCCGAUUCCUCUUCAACUGUUUUCGCACCUUCUUCGCUUUUGUCGAUUGUUAGUGAUACAUCGUAGCAACCGAAUAAAAGUAAUGUUCGGUUAAAUAGUUAAACGUACAGUACACAUUUCGUAAUAAUAUACGGUUCAUAAUAUAAGUCAACAGCUCGCACUAAACCAUUAUUAUUAAAGUAGACUUACUAUAAUGUUAAUAUACACAUGUCGUGUUGUACCGUACGUAUAUCAUCAUUUACCAGUUUCGAUGUUUUAAAAGUUACUAUUGUGCAAUGUUAUUCUAAAUAUAAUCCAUGUUUGAUUUAAAAGUUAUUUUUUUCUCAAUUCUAAAAUUAUGCUUCUCAGCAUUAUGUGAUAUUUUGUGUAUUUAUUUAACAUAACUGUAAAUUAUUAUUGAAAACUGAUGUGUAUAUUUUGGUAAAUAAAUAUUGCUUUUUGAAAUUUA